AUGACGGCCUUUCGUCCUGCUCGUCAUCCGCGGAUCACCUGGAUCAGCCCAAUCCUGGGUCUCCUGGUCAUCCUAUUCAUAUAUCUCACUCAUCGAAAUGCCUCGUCCCCGAUCGCGUUCCCGCACCGAAAACAAAAUGCCGACGCAGACUGCCCCAGCCUCCCCGGCCUGGAGGAUGUCCUCGUCGUCCUCAAAACAGGCGUCACCGAAGCCCGCGACAAAGUCCCCAUUCACCUCCAAACCACCCUCCGCUGCGUCCCACACUACAUCAUCUUCUCCGACUACAACGAAACGAUCCACAACGUCCAGCUGCACGACGUCCUCGACACCGUAGCAGAGGACGUCAAACAAUCCAACCCCGACUUCAGCAUCUACAACCGCGUGCGCGCUGCCGGGCGCACAGCCCUGACCACCUCCGACAUGAACCCGGACACCAACUCGGCCUUCGGCAAACCGAACAACCCCGGCUGGAAGCUGGACAAGUGGAAGUUCCUGCCGAUGAUCGAGGAGACGUUGAAGGCGCGCGACGACGCAAAAUGGUACGUGUUCAUGGAGGCCGACACGUAUUUCUUCUGGCCGAAUCUGCUGGCCUGGUUGGCGAAGCUGGAGCACCAGCGGCCGUAUUACCUAGGGAAUCAGAUGCAGAUCGCCGAUGUGGUGUUUGCGCAUGGCGGGUCCGGGUUUGUGCUGUCCAAUCCGGCGAUGCGCGCGGCGGUUACGCUGCGGAGGCAGGAUGUGGAUGCGUGGGACCGCGUGACGAGGGAUCAUUGGGCGGGCGAUUGUGUGCUGGGCAAGUUGAUGGCGGAUGCGGGCGUCGGCAUGCUGUGGGCCUGGCCGGUGUUGAUCUCGGGGCAGCCGAGCGAGCUGGACUUUUUCUCCGAGGGCUAUCACAAGAAGCCGUGGUGCUAUGCGCCAGUGGCGUAUCAUCAUCUGGGGCCCGAGCAGAUUCGAGAACUCUGGGAGUUUGAGCGGAAAUGGUCCCGCGAGGGGAAUCACGAGCCGGUCUUGUAUCAGGAUGUGUUUCGACAUAUCGUCCGGCCGAAGUUGGGAGGCACAGUCGCCGGCUGGGAUAAUCGCAUUGGUGAGACGCCGGGGGGUGCCGAGUCUCAGCCUGGUGGAGUGCCGGGUGCUCUGCUAUCGUGA